AGCCGCUGUAGUUCCCACGUAAAAGCACUAGAGGGCGCAUCUGCCUUAUACUGACGCACGAAACCCAUCGGCCCCGCAGAAAGAUCAUCGUCCUGCUGGCACUCUUUGGUUUGCGUCAUGACGUCACCGGGGAGAGCGCCGGCCGGUAGAGGAUUCUGGACUGCAGAGAGCUCACAGUGAAGUUGUCCAACCGAGGCCCGGGGGUUUCUGUCAUCUUCAGCCAUGGAUCAAAAGUCUGGCAAGGAUACCGAGCGGAGCUGCGUCCUGUGCUGCCAGGAGCUCGACAUUUUCGCCGUGGGCAAGUGUGAUCACCCGGUGUGCUACCGCUGCUCCACCAAGAUGCGGGUGUUGUGUCAGCAGAAGUAUUGCGCCGUCUGCCGGGAGGAGCUGGACAAGGUCAUUUUUGUCAAGAAACUCGAACCGUUUGCCGCAAUACGUUCCCAACAGCUUCAGUGCGAGAAGAAGUACGAUAUUUACUUCAGUGAUUCCAAGAUCUACGCACAGUUCAGGAAGAUUUUACAAUCGGAAUGCCCGCAGUGUCCUGAACCGAGAGUCUUUUCCAAGUUCGAGGAGCUGGAGCACCAUAUGAGGAAGCAGCACGAGCUCUUCUGCUGUAAACUGUGUGUGAAAUACCUUAAGAUCUUCACCCACGAGCGGAGGUGGUACAACCGGAAGGAACUGGCCCGCCACCGCACGCAGGGAGACCCCGACGAUACGUCCCACCGCGGGCACCCUCUGUGUAAAUUCUGUGACGACCGCUACUUGGACAACGACGAGCUGCUGAAGCACCUGAGGACCGAGCACUAUUUCUGCCAUUUCUGCGAUUCAGACGGCGCACAGGAAUACUACAGCGACUACGAGUACCUCCGCGAGCACUUCCGCGAGAAGCACUACCUGUGCGAGGAGGGCCGCUGCAGCACCGAACAGUUCACCCACGCCUUCCGCACGGAGAUCGACUACAAGGCCCACAAGGCCUCCUCUCACAGCAAGAACAGGGCCGAGGCGCGCUUGAACCGCUACAUAGACCUGCAGUUCAGCUACGCCUCGCGACACCAGAGGAGGAAUGAAGAGGACUACGAGGAAGCAGAGAGCUAUGUCCGGUCCCUGAGGCCGACGAGAGGAGGAGCUAGGGGAGGGCAGCAGAACCGGAGAGGAAGCUGGAGAUACAACAGGGAGGAGGAGGACAGAGAGAUCGCGGCUGCGGUCCGAGCGUCCGUGGCAGCUCGCCGGCUGGAGGAGAAACGUCAGGCUCAGGAGCGAGAGCCCCCGAAACCCCGCAAAGAGGAGGCGAUGGAGGCCGAGGACGGCCGGAACCUCAGGAGCACGACCAAGCCACCCAGCGAAGCCCCAGGUCCUAAAGAAGCAAGUAAGUCAGUAAAUGGCAGCGCUCCUCUGAAGGGGGAAGACUUCCCAGUUCUUGGGGCAACAGCUGCACCUAUGGCAUCCAUUCCAAGCGCGAUCAAAUCGGUUCCUGUCGAGCUCAAAGAAGACGAUUUCCCCAGUCUGUCCAGCGUGGCACUGACUUCUCCCAUGACCACAGCCUACACUGCCCAGCCCAGGAAACCGUCCUCCUUCCAAGAAGAGGACUUUCCAGCCCUGGUGUCCAAAAUUAAGCCUCAUAAGCCGCUCGGCGGCACCUCGUCUGCCUGGGCCAACGCCGCGAACAAGAAUUUGGCGAAACCAGCCGCGCCGGCCUUCUCCUCUUCCAGUCCCUCACAGGCCAAGAAGAAGCCCGCGCCGGGGAACAACGCCAAGGCCAGCUCCAGGGCCAAGCCCGCCUGCUCCGACGACGAGGACGACAAGGCCGGCAGGACCACUCAGGAAAUCCGCAGCAUUCCGACCAUGCUGGACAUCUCCUCCCUGCUGACGGGGAAGACCUCCUCCCCGCCCGCGUCCAAGGUGGGCAAGAGGAAGAAGGUGGGGGGAGAGAGGCCGACCCCAUCUUCCUCCUCCUCCUCCUCCUCCUCCUCCUCUCUGCCGCCCGCCGAGGAAGCAGCCCCGGCCGUGGCCCAGAAGGAGAACGUUCCCGACAGUAAGGCGCCCACUCCGGACGUCACCGCGCCCGUCUUUCCCGCCGCCCCCAAAACGAACCCGUUGGUUAACGGCCACGCCGACAAGCCGCCCGACAGCAGCGGCGUGGUGGUGCCCAAGGAGCCGCCGGGACUGAGAAAGCAAGUCGCCCCAGAUCCCUGCCCGCUCCCCGAGGAAGAAGAGUUUCCGGCGCUCAUGCCUAAGAAACCUCCGCCAGGUUUCAAGACUGCGUUUCCCAUGAAGGGAGGACAGACGGGCCUACCUCCACCUCCCCCUGGGCUAGCUACACCUAUUAGCAAACCUCCCCCCGGCUUCACUGGCAUUUCCUUGAAUGCGAAUCUCUUAGAGCCUGCCAUUCCAUCGGUCACGGAACCAGUGUAUUCUGCAGGCACCUACCUCGUACCCGAGAAUUUCCAGGCCAGAAAUAUGGAACUCAUUAAAUCCAUAAAAAAGUUCCUAAACAACGACGAGUCGAAGUUCAACGAAUUCAAAACCUACUCAGGCCAAUUCAGACAGGGUCUGAUCUCUGCUGCGCAGUACCACAGGAGCUGCCGAGACCUGCUGGGAGAGAACUUCAAGAGGAUCUUUAACGAACUGCUAGUCCUCCUGCCGGACACCGGCAAGCAGCAGGAGCUCCUCUCGGCCCACAGCGACCUCCGGGUGCUGGAGAAGCAGGGCGGCAGCAAGCCCAGGAAGAAUAAAAAGAGCGCCUGGCAGACCGGCACUGCCAACAACAACCUGGACUUGGACUGCCAGAUCUGUCCCACCUGCAGGCAAGUCCUGGCGCAGGAGGACUUUGUGGCCCAUAAGACCUUGCACGCGGGAGAUGAGGACUUCCCAUCUCUCCAAGCCAUUAGCAGGAUCAUCAGCUAGCCCCCUCACCCCUCCCCCCGCCCCCUCCCAGCGUGAUGGUCCACUCGUCCACCCAUGCAGGGUGAACCCGCAUCCGCGCUGUAGGAACAGGUGCGCUCAGUGCAAAUAAUGAAGGUCGCAAAACCCGCCGUGGGGGGUCAGGCAAGUACUUCUUCAGUACGAGAACGGAGCGGUCGUAAGGGUGACCCUUUGAAAGACUGAAUCGAUUUCCGGGAAGAGUAGUAGUUUCUGAAAAGUCCGACAAGCUGAAGCGGUUCAAAUCUAUCCCAGCCAGUCUCGUGCUGCGAGGCCAGAGAAUUGAAAAGAAGAAGGGGGCAUGCAGGCAUGCUGGCGGAUAACGGUCUCGGCCUUUCCCUGCCGUGUUUAAGGAACAGCUGAAGCGGUUAGUUGUGCUUGAAAAUGAUCCAUUUAAGAUUUACUUGAAAGUGAAGUGGUAAAGUUCUUGCAGAUUUAUCCCCCCUCCCCCCCCUCUUGGAAUGCCCGUUUAUGUUUGUAGAUUUUAUAUAUCAAGCUCUUCAAGCCUGUACAUUGAACUGUAAAAAUUGUAUUUAAUUUGUUAUCCGCUUCAGUUCUUCAAUUUGUUGUUUAAUGUGUAUGCAGAAAGUGCUGAAUGCAAAGGGCAAAGUACAAAACUUAUGAUUUAUUUAACAACAUUUAUACAAAUUAAGACAAAAAUUUAGACACUGUAUAUUGAAUGAACCUGGUAUUAAAGGUUUAGACUACACAGUUAAUUAAAAUGUUUUGAUUGUUGUGGUGGGGGGGAGGCUUUGAAAACAGUCCCAGAACUUUAUUUCUCAAAAAAAUGUAAUUGGCCCAGUUUUACAGGGUAGGCAUGAUACUGAGCUUCAGUGAUAAUAUGAAGCAGUUUCCACUGUUUGGCUGGAGCUGUUAGCAAUACAUUACAAUGCAGUUCACGUCCUAGUGCAUGGUUUCUUUAAUGGUAUGGGUUACUGGCUUCACAGCUUCAUGGAUGGUAUUUUCUCCCAUUCCUCCAGAAUCCACAGAUCCGUUUGUUCAAACUCUUCUGGGAAUGCACUUGAGCUUAAGAUUUUUUUUUCACACUAAUUCAUGCCCUGAUCACUUCCAUUGUUUUGACUGUCCUUUCAUUUGAAAUACAAUAUUGAACUAUACGUAGGGCAUGAUCUUUACAAAAUUACUAAAAUUUGAAGAUAAUGUUUGAGAGUAUAUGCUGUUUAAUGUCAUUCUAUGCUGCUGUCUUCAUUUUUUUGGGAUCCACUCACAAACUUUAUAUAUAACACUCUUCCAGCUAGAAAGAAAACAACAAGAAAAAACAUCUUCAUGCAGUUUUCACACAAAUAUCAUUUAAAGGGAGUUUUUUACCAUCUAGAACAGGUGAGCUGCCAAUUAGGUAAUCGAAACCAUUAUGACAAAGAUCGAGUCAUCUGUUUUACAAAAUAUGGCCACCAUCAUACCAUCUGUUAUUUUACCAAAUGCUUUAUCAAAUGUCUUUUGAGGUUAUGUUGGAAAGUGCUUAAUAAUUCAAGGGAGUUUCUCAUAGUUUGAAAGUGUUCCACCUCGUUGACGGUUCUCAUCUGGUCUUUUGCUUUCCCCUACAGACCGUAGUCUGUUGUGGGCUGUAUUUUACUUUAAGAAAAGACCAUAAUCAAGCUCUUUCAAUACCAGAUUUGAAGGCACUUUUUCGAAGGAUCUCCAGAAUCCUUGAUUUCUGACUACCCAUUCUCUUUCGAUUGGUUCACAGUGUAGAGAGAGGCAUUUUGCUCCCUGCAAAUGCAUCUUUUUUCCUUCAGUUUAUUUUGCUGCUUUUCAUUGAAGCGAUUUUGUAAAACAGUACCUCUCCCUGUAUUUUGAAAGAGGUGCCAAUAAAAAAAGUGGUUAAAUUCA